AUGUCUCUCAUCGUGCCCAGCUCGUCGCAAGGCGAAGGAUCAUCGCACGCGGUCACACAAAGAGCGGCGUACGACGCCUUACCUUACCACGAUAGAGAGUUGGAAAAUGUGCCUGGUCUCAAAUCACGUGUAGACAAAGAGAUACAAGCGGAACUGCAGUCGAUUGCGGCGAGAGACAAGGCUAGUGGAGGAGCGAUUGGUGUUGUGAAGGAUAGGUUGCCUGUCGAACCGAAAUUGUUCGAGCACCGAUCUGACUUGCAAGCAGAGCUGAGCCGUAUUGCUGAAGGCAACAAAACCAAAGCCAUCGAUGGUAGUCGUUAUGCCCUCUCAUCGCCCUCUGGGAAUGCAGCUUCCGAUGCUCACGCGUGGGACAAAGCUUUGAGUCAAGCGGAGGCGGCUUUGGGACAUGCGAAUGUUCGCAGAAGCAAUUUGGAGCUGGAGAAAAAGUUCGGAGCAAACUUGUGGAGGCUUCACAACUUUCAGCAAGAGUCCAUGUUGCGUCAAUACGAAAAGGCGGUGGAGGAUAUGCGUACACAGACUGCCGAUCUCAACCGGUCCAGAAAAAUGUCACAAACACAGGGAGGCGAGACUUUGAGCAGGCUAGAAAGCAAAUGGGCCGAAUGUAUUUCGAGAAAUUUGCAGGUCGAGGUGGCGACGCUGCAAGGAUUGGCAGAGGUGGAGGAAUUGAAGGGCAAGAGGGAAGAGUUGCAAACGAGGCUGGCGCAGCUCGAUGCUGAGGCGAGAUGA